CCGUCCUAACAUCACCAUUCUACCUGCUUGGAACACCUUCUAUAAUAACAAUUCCAAAAUCAGAGCUUCGAUAAGGAAGAGCGACGUAUCAGCACCACCACAUCCACUUGACAGAUGCAUGCAGCGUGCGUAUGAUGUCAAUGUCCGACAUUCGAGCGCACCUGAUUCUUCUUGAUCCAUAAAGGAAGGAAACUUUCCUCGGACUAUGGCUGUAAAUGUUGUUUCGCUAGUCUCUUCCCUUGUUGGUUCCUCCACUUCUCUAAUCCUCACCAAACUACGCCCGUCUCCUGCUCUGCGCCUCUCUCUCCCUACCCCUCUCUCUUCUCCUCGCCGUCUCCGCAUGGCUCAUACGUCGGCCAUUCGGGCCACUCUUGGUCUUACUCAACCCGCUAAUGUUGAGGUCCCCAAGAUUGCCUUCUCUGCGAAAGAAAUCGAUUUGGUGGAAUGGAAAGGAGACAUCCUUGCAGUGGGUGUUACAGAGAAAGACAUGGCCAAGGAUGACAAUUCUAAGUUCAAAAAUCCGAUCUUGAGAAAGCUAGAUGCCCAUUUGGGUGGCCUAUUGGCCGAAGCGUCCUCGGAGGAGGACUUCACAGGGAAAUCUGGACAGUCAACGGUUCUCAGGCUUCCGGGUUUGGGCUCGAAAAGGAUCGGUCUGAUUGGGCUUGGGCAGUGCUUACCAUCGUCGGGCACGACUACUUACCGGAGCCUUGGUGAAGCUGUUGGAGCAGCCGCUAAGGCUGCCCAAGCAAAUGAUGUUGCUAUUGCGCUUGCUUCUUCUGAGGGGAUUUCUGGAAAUUCAAAGCUUAACACCGUUUCAGCAAUAGCAUCGGGAACUGUGCUGGGGGUUUAUGAAGACAAUAGGUUUAAGUCAGAGUCAAAGAAAUCGUUGCUUAAGUCGGUUGAUAUCCUUGGUCUUGGGACUGGACCUGAACUACAAAAUAAGCUCAAGUAUGUAGGUGAUGUUUGUUCAGGGGUGAUACUUGGGAAAGAGCUUGUAAAUUCACCCGCCAAUGUGCUUACACCUGGGGUAUUGGCGGAAGAAGCUUCCAAAAUUGCUUCCAUGUACAAUGAUGUUCUUACUGCAACAAUAUUGGAUGUGGAACAAUGCAAAAAACUGAAAAUGGGUUCCUAUCUGGGUGUUGCUGCUGCUUCUGCAAAUCCUCCACAUUUCAUUCAUUUAUGUUAUAAACCUCCAGGUGGUGCAGUCAAAGCCAAGUUGGCAUUAGUCGGAAAGGGUUUAACAUUUGACAGUGGUGGCUACAACAUCAAGACUGGACCAGGUUGUUCUAUUGAGCUCAUGAAGUUUGAUAUGGGAGGUUCAGCAGCAGUGCUAGGUGCAGCAAAAGCCAUUGGCCAAAUCAAACCUCCAGGAGUAGAGGUCCAUUUCAUUGUUGCAGCUUGUGAGAACAUGAUUAGUGGUACAGGCAUGAGACCUGGGGACAUUGUCACAGCUUCAAAUGGCAAGACUAUUGAGGUUAACAACACUGAUGCAGAAGGCAGACUUACUCUUGCAGAUGCCUUGGUAUAUGCUUGCAACCAAGGUGUAGGGAAGAUAGUUGAUUUGGCAACAUUAACUGGGGCGUGUAUAGUUGCACUUGGGCCUUCCAUUGCAGGAGUCUUCACACCGAGUGAUGACCUAGCAAAGGAGGUAUUUGCAGCUUCAGAAAUCAGUGGGGAAAAACUUUGGAGGAUGCCUUUAGAGGAUAGCUAUUGGGAGUCCAUGAAAUCAGGAGUAGCUGACAUGGUUAACACUGGAGGUCGUCAAGGUGGUGCUAUCACUGCAGCCCUAUUCCUGAAACAGUUCGUUGAUGAGAAAGUUCAGUGGAUGCACAUAGACAUGGCGGGUCCUGUUUGGAAUGAGAAGAAACGCACUGCUACCGGAUUUGGUGUCUCAACCCUGGUGGAGUGGGUUCAAGCAAAUUCAUCAUAGUUCAUGCUGAGGCAUAGUAAUCAUGUGUAAGCACAAUUCCAAGAGAGAUCCCAGUUGGGUGUAGAAAAAUUCGUUCAUUAUCAAAUAAAAUGUAAUGGAUGAGGAAAAGGAAAAUGGGAAACGUUUUUUUUUUUUCUUUUUGUUUUCAGAGUAAAUCGUGGUUAGAGUCUGCCUUUUAAUGAUUUUCAGUGGUAAUGAAAAUGCAUUUAUGGUAAACUUGCUA